AUGACGAGAUUCCGAAAACAGUUACUACAUGUACUCCUGUUGUCCUUUGCCGUUCGAACGACGAGCUUUGCUCCUCGUCCGCGGCCGCGCUUGCUAUUGCAGCCCGCCAGCCCCACCGGCGCAGCUCCACCGGCCUUGUGCGUGCCGAAAUCCGAAUCCUGGCGUAUCUCGACCACACGAGCCGCUUCGACGACGUCCAAAUCUUCCACCGAUCCUCCUCACCAAGACCCCUCACCAUCCUUUUCCAUCAAUAUCGUUCCCGCCGUGGCGUGGAUUGGUCUCGUCACUUGGCUCUUCACCGGCGCCCCGGGACAGUUCGGUGACCCCCACGACGCCGCCUUGCUGCAACGCAUACUCGCCGAUCCGGUACAUCCCCAGAUUAACGAACUCUUCUUUACCAUUUUCAAUCUCUUUGCCGUCAUGCCCGUUAUCCUCGCGGCGGUGGCGCUGCCGCAGGCCCCCCGUCGCGGUCUGCCGCCCACGCCGUUUCUCCUCCUCAGCGUCGCCGUCGGCUACUUUGCCGCCGGACCGUACUUUGCAUUCCGGCCACCGUUGCCUGUGCAACGCACGGACGGUGACAACGAACUGGGAUGGUUCACUCGGAAUGUUCUAGAAAACAGAGUCGUCGGGAUCGGUACCUUCGUAUCGACCGUUUUCUUUUUCUACGCCGGCAACGUCGGGGGUGUCCUGCAACAAGGCGGGGGAGACAGUCUCUGGCAAGACUUUGUUACCCUCCUCCAGACCAGUAUGUUUGCCAACGUGGCGUGUUUGGACCUGACGUUGCUCCAUUGUACCAUUACGGCACUGAUUCCUAAAGAUUACGCGUUGCGCAACCCCGACGCCGAUCCGCGAGACGCCCUCCGCAUCGCGGCGGCCACGGCAUUCUUUCCUUUUCUCGGGAGCUCCUUGUACCUAGCCUUGCGGCCGUCGCUGCCCGAGACGGAAUAA